AGCCGUGCGAGUCCGCCGCCGCCGCUGCGCCUCCGCUCCGCCAACUCCGCCGGCUUAAAUCGGACUCCCAGAUCCGCGAGGGCGCGGUGCAGCCGGGCAGCGGUUUCCCCCAGCCUUGGCAACCCCGGGGGCCACUAUUUGCCACCUAGCCACAGCACCAGCAUCCUCUCUGUGGGCUGUUCACCAAUUGUCCAACCACCAUUUCACUGUGGACAUUACUCCCUCUUUCAGAUAUGGGAGACAUGGGCGAUCCACCAAAAAAAAAACGUCUGAUUUCCCUAUGUGUUGGUUGCGGCAAUCAAAUUCACGAUCAGUAUAUUCUGAGGGUUUCUCCGGAUUUGGAAUGGCAUGCGGCAUGUUUGAAAUGUGCGGAGUGUAAUCAGUAUUUGGACGAAAGCUGUACGUGCUUUGUUAGGGAUGGGAAAACCUACUGUAAAAGAGAUUAUAUCAGGUUGUACGGGAUCAAAUGCGCCAAGUGCAGCAUAGGUUUCAGCAAGAACGACUUCGUGAUGCGCGCCCGCUCUAAGGUGUACCACAUCGAGUGUUUCCGCUGUGUAGCCUGCAGCCGACAGCUCAUCCCGGGAGACGAAUUCGCGCUGCGGGAGGAUGGGCUUUUCUGCCGCGCGGACCACGAUGUGGUGGAGAGGGCCAGCCUGGGAGCUGGAGACCCUCUUAGUCCCUUACAUCCGGCGCGGCCUCUGCAGAUGGCAGCCGAGCCCAUCUCCGCUAGGCAGCCAGCUCUGCGGCCGCACGUCCACAAGCAGCCGGAGAAAACCACCCGAGUGCGGACUGUGCUCAACGAAAAACAGCUGCACACCUUGCGGACCUGUUACGCCGCCAACCCUCGGCCAGAUGCGCUCAUGAAGGAGCAACUAGUGGAGAUGACAGGCCUCAGUCCCCGAGUCAUCCGAGUGUGGUUUCAAAACAAGAGGUGCAAGGACAAGAAACGCAGCAUCAUGAUGAAGCAGCUCCAGCAGCAACAACCCAACGACAAAACUAAUAUCCAGGGCAUGACAGGAACUCCCAUGGUGGCUGCCAGUCCGGAGAGACAUGAUGGUGGCUUACAGGCUAACCCAGUAGAGGUGCAAAGUUACCAGCCACCCUGGAAAGUACUGAGCGACUUCGCCUUGCAAAGUGACAUAGAUCAGCCUGCUUUUCAGCAACUGGUCAAUUUUUCAGAAGGAGGACCCGGCUCUAAUUCCACCGGCAGUGAGGUAGCAUCGAUGUCCUCUCAGCUCCCAGAUACACCCAACAGCAUGGUAGCCAGUCCUAUUGAGGCAUGAGGAACAUUCAUUCAGAUGUUUUGUUUUGUUUUGUUUUUCCCCCUGUUGGAGAAAGUGGGAAAUGACUUUGAACUCCGAAAUUAAAAAAAAAAAAAGUAUUUAACGACCCAGUCAAUGAAAACUGAAUCAAGAAACGAAGGCUCCAUGAAGUGCACGAAGUCUGUUUUAACGACAAGGUGAUAUGGUAGCAACACUGUGAAGACAAUCAUGGGAUUUUACUAGAAUUAAAAAACAAACAAACAAGCAAAACCCUAAGCCCGACAUAUGCUAUUCAAUGACCUUAGGAGUACUGAAAAAGAAAAAGAAAAGAAAAAAAAAAAGAGAGAGAGAGACGUUUUUUUUAAAACGUAGAGGAUUUAUAUUCGAGGAUCUCAAAAAAAUGCGCAUUUUCAUUUCACUGCACAUCUAGAGGAAAAGCAGAAAUAGAGAAUUUCCUAGUCCAUCCUAUUCUGAAUGGUGCUGUUUCUAUAUUGGUCAUUGCCUUGCCAAACAGGAGCUCCAGCAUAGAGCGGGAAGAAACCGGCCUCAGUGGCUUGAAAGAGUCCUUUCAGGAAGGCGGAGCUGCAUUGGUUUGCAGUGGUUUUAGUUGACUUUGACAAGGGGUUAAGUGAAAUUCUGGGUCUCUUUAGCAUGCCCUGUAGCUGGUUUCUCUUUUACUUUUGCCUCUUCUCCCAUUCUUUCCUUUCCUUUUCUUCUCUUUACUUUUUUUUUUUUUUUUGAGAU